AAGAGAAACAGAGAGAAAGAAAAUGCAAAAAAAGAGGAGACCUUUGUGGCUUUUGUCUCCACUGAAAAAAAAAGCGCGAUAAAAAGCGAGUCACCGACUAAGCAAGUCGCCGGUAAAAAAUCCGAUGCAAUCCACUCACGACGACGACGGCGGCGGCGGUAAAGGAGGAGGAGGUGAUGAGGUGAGUCGAAGUGGGUUGUCCCGGAUCCGCUCAGCUCCGGCAACUUGGAUUGAAACCCUACUCCAGGAUGAAGAAGAAGAAGACGAUUUGAAACCUGACCUCUGUUUAACUGAGCUUCUCACCGGGAACUCGUCCGGGACAACGAGUCGCGACUCGUUUGAGUUCCCGGCGGCUGUAGAGCAGGGAUUGUACAAUCACCAAGUUGGGUUUCACCGACAGAACAGCUCUCCUGCGGAUUUUCUCAGUGGCUCUGCUGCUUCUGGGAGUGAUGGGUUUUUCUCGAAUUUUGGGAUUCCGGCCAACUACGAGUACGUGCCGCCCAACGUUGACAUUUCUCCGGCGAGUAAACGGUCGAGGGAGUUCUCUUCUCACUUUAAAGAAGAGCAAAUGAGUGGUGGUAUGAUGGAGGAUAAUAAGCUUCUUGAGGACUCGGUUCCUUUUAGGGUUCGUGCUAAACGCGGCUGUGCAACUCAUCCUCGUAGCAUUGCUGAACGGGUGAGGAGAACGCGGAUAAGUGACCGGAUCAGGAGGCUGCAAGAACUUGUUCCUAACAUGGAUAAGCAAACCAACACUGCAGACAUGUUAGACGAGGCUUUGCAGUAUGUGAAAGCUCUUCAAAGCCAGAUCCAGGAGUUGACAGAGCAGCAGAAGAGGUGCAGUUGCAAACCUAAGGAAGAAAAAUAAAGUUUUCCUUUAGGAUUGAUAUAAUAUAAUGUAUUUUUUUCUAUGGUUUAUUCUAUGAAUGGCGAUGAUCUGUUCAAAAAAAAAAAUAGAUUAUUUGAUGUAUGUACUUUAGCUGUAAAUUUUUUGUACAAUAAGGUGAAACUUUUUAAAGAGUCAAUAAAAAAUGUGUAUUCGUUA